AUGGCCAUUGAACGACAACGAGAAAAUUCACGACCGUCUAAUUCGCCUGCUAACGACGCCAGAAAGAGGUCAUUGCUUAUCAAUCAACGACGCUACUUUAUCGCCGCAGUAGCUCUACUUUCCAUUUCCUCAGUACUUGGUUUGGUCACCAUGGCCGUCAACAUCGUGAGUUCAGUCUUGCAAAAAUACCAAUUGGCCUACCGAAUUUUAUAUUAUUCUAUCAGUGGACAAGUUAUUUUUGAUGGAGUUGCUGCGGUGGUACUGCUUUAUAUUUAUAAAAGAGCCUCAUCAGAUGGCAGAAAAUUUGUAAGUCUGGCUUAUAAAUAG